AUGUCCACUCUCAAGCGGAAGGCCGGCGCCGAGGCCGGUGCGGAGGCGAAGAAGGCCAAGCAGGGCAGCAUCAUGUCCUUCUUCGGCGGCCCCAAGCCAUCAUCCACAUCCGCCACCGGUGCGGCAGCACCCGAGCCUACGCCUGCCAAAUUCGACAAGGCAAAAUGGGCAGCCUCCAUCACUCCCGAACAGCGAGGGCUGCUCAAGCUUGAGAUUGACACCCUGCAUGAGAGCUGGUUUGCCCUGCUCAAGGAGGAACUCCUCACCAAGGAGUUCCUCGAGCUCAAGAAGUUCCUCAAACGCGAGGCGGCCGCCGGGAAGACGGUGUUCCCCCCGCAAGAGGACAUCUACAGCUGGUCGCGCCACACCCCCUUCUCCACCGUCAAAGUCGUCAUCCUCGGCCAAGACCCGUACCACAACCACAACCAAGCGCACGGCCUCGCCUUCUCCGUGCGCCCCCCCACCCCGGCGCCUCCCUCCCUCAAAAACAUGUACAUCGCGCUCAAGAACGACUACGCCGCCUUCACGCCGCCGCCCAACAAAGCCGGCCUGCUGACGCCCUGGGCCGAGCGCGGCGUGCUGAUGCUCAACACCUGCCUGACGGUGCGCGCCCACGAGGCCAACAGCCACUCCAACCGCGGCUGGGAGCGCUUCACCCAGCGCGUCAUCGACCUUGUGGCCGCGCGCCGUGCCAGAGGGGUGGUGUUUAUGGCGUGGGGCACGCCCGCGGGCAAGCGCGUGCUGAAAGUCGAUCAGAAGAGGCAUCUGGUGCUGAAGAGCGUGCAUCCGUCGCCGUUGUCGGCCGCGAGGGGGUAUUUUACGUGCGGGCAUUUCAAGGAGGCGAAUGAGUGGUUGGCGGAGAGGUAUGGUGUGAGUGGGAGGGUGGAUUGGUCGUUGGUGGAGGGCGCGAGUGUGUUUGAGGGGGAGGGGGAGAAGGUGGUGGAGAAGAAGGAGGAGGAGGCGGAGGGAGGGAAGGGGAAGGUCGAGGGGGAGGUGGUGGAGGAGGGUGUGGUGAAGAAGGUUGAGGCGGUGGCUACUACGGCUGCUGCUGCUGCUGCUGCUGCUGGUGUUGGGGGAGAUGCCGAGAACAAGGAGAACGGGGAGAAGACAGUGGUAGAGACGAAGGGGGUGGUCAAGGGCGAGGAUGGGGACGAGAAUGCUGCGCCUGAGGUUGAGGCUUGA